GAAAUUUCAGAAUUAUUAAAUAAACAGAUCACAAGUCUACAUAAUAGAUUAAAUGAUGAAGGGAUAAUUAACAAAAUUACUGAGCUGAGAAUUUGGCAAGGACACCAAAUAGCUGGUUUAACAGAGAGCUUUGAUGGCCGAGAAGAAUAUAUAGCGCUUGAAAAACUUUGGAAAUACAAUCAAGCAAUGCUUACCUUAGUAAAGGAAGCAAAGAAGCAAUUAGUAACUAAACCAACACAAGGUAGUUGGGGAACCAGAGAUAUAGCUCUUGGAUAUGCAGGGGAAGCAGAUGAUUACUCAAUUGAGAAUCAGAUGAUCACUAACUUUGAUACAAGAGAGAUAAAGCAAGAUCUGCAAACAAGUAGUACAAACAAGUUAGCGGUAAUACCCCCAAAAAUUAACAAUAAAGAAAACAAGCCAGACAUUCGAAGAGUAAUUAGCAAGAGCAAAGAAAGAUUUCAUACAGAGAAGUGGUUAAUUAGUAAAGAAGAGAAAGGGUUUAGAAAGCAAAAUAAUAGUUGGGUUCUUGAUAUGACACAAAGCUCACUUGAAGGAAUUAGGAAAAACAAUAUUGAUUUAGAGAGAACUAGUAGGAGGGAAACAGAUAAAGGCUCAUAUAGUUUAGAACAUGCAAGCCUGGCAGAUAUAGUUUAUAUAGAUAGAUUAGAGAGAGACUAUAUUAAAAAACAAGAGUUUAGUGAAUAUUGUGAUGGGUUAUUAUUAAAUCAACUAGAUAGAAAUAUAGAAACAGACCAAAAAGCAUUAACUUUCUAUACAGAUAGCUCAUUAUCCAAAGAAAUGAGUAACGGAAGAGCAUUAUCACCAAAUUUACGAAUACAAGAGGUAGUAGCAAGUUCAAGGCUUAGAUACAGUAUUUAUUGGCAGAAUAGCCUUAUUGAAAUCCCAACAAGAAAUUUCAUCAAAGAACUCGAAGACACAAGAAGUGCAGCAGAAUGGAGAAUGUUAAGUACUCAGACCCAUUGGCAUAAAAUUGAACAAGCAGCAAUUGAAAUAGUACAAGCCCUUAUAAGCGAACCUGAGAGAAGAGGGAAAUUACAAACAAGUGAACUCCAGAAAUAUUUAUUCGGUGAAACGUACAAAGAGCAAAAAGAACGAAGAGAAGGCUACACUCGGGGUUUAUUUAAAAACACAGUUAUAGAAGAGCUUAUUGACCAAGGGUUAACAAAAAGAGAAGCAGAUCUAGCUUUAGAUGCAGCGAUACAUAAAAAUUCCUAUCAGAAGAGUAGAAAACCGCCUAACUCUAAAGAAGCUACAUUACAAAAAGUUAAAGAUAGAAAAAAAUUACAAAUAGAAGGAUAG